AUGCUGAUGAACACAACCUCAUUCCUCGCGACGCAUCUGCGCUCAACCAUCUCUGCAGCCAUCAACUCAACGGUCAAUCUCACUGUUGCCCUUAGGUCUAAGAUCGGUUUCUCGGGUGAACAAACGACCCAUCACCAGGACGACUCUUCUUCCUCGUCGAUGCGUCAACAACAACAUCAGCAUGAGCAAGAAUAUCACAGAAAGGGCCACUCUGAGUCUUUAUCGUCCAACGGCCGCGAGUAUCACCAAGGGCAGUCGACCGUGUCAGCCUCUGCAUACAACCACCAAGAGUUAGAGGGAGCUCUCCCUCCUCCCCUUUCUCCUCGGUUGACGCACGAACAGUACCCUUCACUCCAACCCUGGAAGAACCUUGACCGGCGCAUCAAGAACUUUGGACUAUCGAUGCCUGUCAGCGCUACCUACAUCGCUCCGCGUCAUCCAAUCGUCCUCUGUCAUGGUUUGUUUGGGUUCGACAAGAUGGGGCCAGAGAAUAUACCCUCGCUACAGAUCCAUUACUGGAAUGGAAUCCACAAGGCCCUGACCAAACUCGGUGCCAAAGUCGUCGUCGCCGGGGUGCCUAGAACUGGAGGUAUCCGCAAGCGCGCCGAGGAUUUGCACAGGAUAUUGUCGGCCACCAUGGAGGGCAGUCCUGUCAAUUUUGGAGGACUGGACAGCAGAUACUUGAUUAGCCAUAUCCACGACAAGAACUACCACGUCGAAUCUCUCACGACGUUCUCGACACCCCAUCGCGGCAGUCCAAUGAUGGACUGGUUCAGAGACAACAUCGGUGUCGGUCUUUUGCAACAAUCUGAAGAGGAAGCCAUGCGCAAGUUGGGAGAGGAGGCCUCCCGGCUUGCAGCUGUAGCUGCUGCUGCAGCUGUUGAUACUGCAUCUACCCCUGAAGCUAAGGCCGCUGCAGCUCAGGAGGCAGCACAACAUUCGAGGAACAUACAGGUCCAGGCCCCCCUGUGGAGUCGAUUCUUGAUCCCCUUUUUGGAUACGCCAGCAUAUGCCAACCUGACGACGGAAUACUGCAACCAAGUGUUCAACCCCAACACGCCGGACGACCCACGAGUGGCCUAUUACUCUUACGGAGCCUCCAUCCCUCGCUUGCCCAUCUGGGCACCCUUGGGAUUUCCAUGGGAGGUGAUCAAUGCCAAGGAAGGGGAGAAUGAUGGACUAGUCUCGGUGACCAGUGCUCGGUGGGGCAAGUAUAUCGAGACGGUCGAGUGCGAUCAUUGGGAUCUCAACAAUCGCUGGCGGUUGAAAAUUGGUUACCCCUCUAGCACGACAGGGUCGCCUUUUGAUGCGGUCGAGCUUUAUAUGUCUGCUGCAACUAGGCUCUUCCAAGAGGGGCACUAG